CAACAACAGUUUUAAGAAAUCAACCAAAUAUACGUAAACAAAAACAAUUUGUUCACAAUCGGCAUACAAAAUUUAGCGUAUUCUUUUACGAUCCAAAUUCAAGAAACGAAUCGGCAACAACAAAAUUAUGACAUCCAUAGGAAUUAUGACACUGAGCCGUGGCCCGUACAGCGAGCUCGAUAAAAUGAGCCUUUUUCAAGACCUCAAACUCAAGCGGCGCAAAAUCGAUUCAAGAUGCAGCAGUGACGGCGAGUCCAUAGCGGACACAUCCACCUCGUCGCCGGAUCUAUUGGCGCCGAUGUCGCCCAAGCUAUGCGACAGCGGCACAGGUGCCUCGCUGCCAGCGCUGCCGGCGCUGCCGUCGCUGCCAUCGGUGACGGUAACGGUGACAACGGCGGCAUCCACAUCGGCGGCGGCAGCAGCAGCUGCCGUCUCCACAACAACAACAACAUCAACAUCAGCAGCAGCAGCAGCAGCGGCAGCAGCAGCAACAUCAUCCACGUCGGCGGCAACAUGUCCGAGCAGCACCAUUACCAUAACCGCAACAGCAGCAGCUAAAGCAGCAGCAGCAGCAGCAGCAGCGGCAGCGGCAGCAACAAGCACAGGAUCGGCUGGCGGAUCCGUGAAGCAUCAACAGACUGAAAUACACUCAUCCAGCAGCGCGAUAACAGCGGCAGCUGCAUCCACGGUGAUGUCGCCGCCGCCGCCAGCCGGCACGCCGCCCAGCGCCAUGCUGGACACUGGCGGUGGCGGUAAUGGGGGCGGCGGCGGCGGCGGGGAGGCCCUCUCGCUGGCAUUGAAUGCGCGCGGCACGCCCACACCGCCGCACAAUAAUGGCGGCGCCUCCAGUUCGAGCAACAGCAGCAGUCGCCUGGCCUCGCCCGACUCGCUCGAGGAGAAGCCAUCAACGACAACGGGUCGCAGCAGCGGCACGCCCACCAAUGGGCUGUUGGCCACCAGCAGCAGCGGCAACGGCAACGGCAACGGCAGCAACAAGAUCAACAGCAAUCUGAGCGUCAUACGCUCAGUCAAGGAGGAGCGCAUCCUGGCCUCGCCCACCAAAAUGCUUGCCUACCAUCAGCAGCAGCAGCAGCAGACAGCAACAGCAGCAGCAGCGCGAACGGGAGCGGCCACGGGACAUGUGACCGUGCUGGUGACGCCGUCGCGCAUUAAAGCGGAGCCACCGCCACCCGCCUCGCCCUCCUCCACCACACAGCGCGACAGGGAGCGCGACAGAGAUAGAGAUCGAGAUCGAGAUAGAGAACGAGAACGAGAACGGGAAAGGGAAAGAGAAAGGGAGCGCGAACGAGAGCUGGGCAGCAGCAGCAGCAGCUCGAUCAGCUCAUCGCAGCACAUAAGUCGCGGCAGUCCGGGUCCGCAUCCGGGCCAGCAUCAUGCGCACGCCUAUGCCCAUCCGCACGCCCAUUUGUCGAGCCAUGGGCAUGGCAGCCUGACGCCCGCCUCCAUUGUCCAGACGCAUCAUCUCCACCAGCAGCUGACGCAGCCGCUGACGCUGCGCAAGAACAGCCCGCCGCAGGAGCUGCAGCUGCCGCAGCUCUCGAUGCAGUCCAUGCAGCAGCUUACCCAGCAACAGCUGCACCUGCAUCUCCUGGGCCACCAGCAGCAACAGCAGCAACAGCAACAUCAGCAGCAGCAGCAACAUUCGCCGCAUGCGCUGAUACGCGUCAAGAAGGAGCCAACAUCAUCCGUUGGUUCUGUUCAGGUGCAGCGGCAUCUAUCGCCGCAUCACCAGCAACAUCAGCAGCAGCACCAGCAGCAGCAGCAGCAGCAACAUCAGCAACACCAGCAGCAACAUCAGCAACAGCAACAGCAACAGUCGCUGCUGCAUUCGGCUUCGCUGCAAUCGUUGCGUCAUCCGAGCCGCGAUGCGGCCAUUUUGUUUCGCGUGAAGAGCGAGGUGCAGCAACAGGUGGCGGUGGCCGCGGCUGCCGCCGCCUCCUCGGGCCUGCCGCAUCUAAUGCAGCCGACGUCAGCAGCGGCGGCGGCGGCAGCAGCUGCAGCGGCGGCCGCACAGCGCAUGGUCUGCUUCAGCAAUGCGCGCAUCAAUGGCGUCAAGCCGGAGGUGAUUGGCGGCCCGCUCUGCCCCUCGCCGCAUCCAUCGUCCUCGUCGUCCUCGUCGCAGCUGUCGCCGCAGACGCCCUCGCAGACGCCGCCGCGCGGCACGCCCACCGUCAUCAUGGGCGAGAGCUGUGGCGUGCGCACCAUGGUCUGGGGCUACGAGCCGCCGCCGCCAACGCCCGGACAGCAGCAGCAACAGCAGCAGCAGCAACACCAGCAACAACACCAGCAACAUCAGCAACAACAUCAGCAGCAACAGCAGCAGCAACACCAGCAGCAGCAACACCAGCAGCAGCAGCAGCAACAUCAGCAGCAGCAGCAACAUCAGCAGCAACAGCAACAGCAGCAACAGCAGCAACAGCAACAGCAACAGCAUUGCCUGCAAACCGCCUCCUCGCCCUCGACCGGGUCCAUAACGCCGACGCAUACGCCCGGUCCGCAGAACAACGAGGAGGCGGCACAGCUGCUGCUGUCGCUGGGCCAGACGCGCAUCCAGGAUAUGCGUCCGCGUCCGCAUCAAUUCCGAACGCCGCACGCCCUCAACAUGGAACGCCUGUGGGCGGGCGAUUACUCGCAGCUGCCGCCGGGCCAGCUGCAGGCGCUCAAUCUGAGCGCCCAGCAGCAAUGGGGCAGCUCCAAUUCCAGCUCCGGCAGCGGCAGCGGUCGCUCAGUCGAGGCGCCGCACGAGCCCACCGACGAGGACGACCAGCCGCUGGUCUGCAUGAUAUGCGAGGACAAGGCAACCGGCCUGCACUACGGCAUCAUCACCUGCGAGGGCUGCAAGGGCUUCUUCAAGCGGACGGUGCAGAACCGCAGGGUCUACACCUGCGUCGCGGACGGCACCUGCGAGAUAACCAAAGCACAGCGCAACCGUUGUCAGUAUUGUCGAUUUAAGAAGUGCAUCGAGCAGGGCAUGGUGCUGCAAGCCGUACGGGAGGAUCGCAUGCCCGGUGGACGCAACAGCGGCGCCGUCUACAAUCUGUACAAGGUCAAGUACAAGAAGCACAAGAAGACCAAUCAGAAGCAACAGCAGCAACAGCAACAGCAGCAGCAACAGCAGCAACAGCAGCAACAGCAACAGCAGCAACAGCAGCAGCAACAGCAGCAACAGUUGCUGUCGCCCAUACAUCAUCAUCAUGUGACUGGGGGAGGACAUGGUGGACAUCCGGCGCAGUUGUCGCCGCAUCAUUUGCUCUCGCCGCAGCAGCAACAGUUGGCGGCAGCUGUUGCAGCCGCUGCACAGCAUCAACAUCAGCAAUCGAAGCUGCUGGCCGCUGGCCAUGCGGCCGCUGGUGAGCUGAAGCCCAUGUUCCUGGGUCCGGUGCUCAAGUCCGAGCACUUGCAGCCGCCGCCCAUGCACAGCCCGGCACAGCAGCAGCAGCAGCAACAUCAGCAACAGCAGCAACAGCAUCAGCAGCAGCAGCAGCAACAAUCGUCGCCGCAUCUGUCGCUAUCUUCCCCGCAUCACGUGCAGCCGCCGCCGCCGCCGAAUGCGGCACAGCAGCAGCAACAGCACCACAAUCAUCACCAGCAGCAGCAGCAGCAACAACAGCAGCAACAGCAGCAACAGCAGCAGCAGCAGGCGUCGCUGCCGGCGCAUCUGAUGAAUGGGACCAUAUUGAAGACGGCGCUGACCAAUCCCAGCGAGAUUGUGCAUCUGCGGCAUCGUCUCGACUCGGCGGUCAGCUCGUCGAAGGACAGACAGAUCUCGUACGAGCAUGCGUUGUCCAUGAUCCAGACGCUGAUCGAUUGCGAUGCCAUGGAGGAUAUUGCCACGCUGCCGCACUUUAGCGAGUUCCUCGAGGACAAGUCCGAGAUCAGCGAGAAGCUGUGCAACAUUGGCGACUCCAUUGUCCACAAGCUGGUGUCGUGGACAAAGAAGCUGCCCUUCUACUUGGAAAUACCCGUCGAGAUACACACAAAGCUCCUCACCGACAAAUGGCACGAGAUACUCAUCUUGACCACCGCCGCCUACCAGGCGCUCCACGGCAAACGAUCCUCCAGCGCUGGCGCUAUCGCGAGCACUGGCUCGGGCUCCGGCUCGGGCUCAGGCUCAGGCUCGGGCACUGGCGCGGGCUCGGGCUCGGGAACUGGCUCGGGCAGCGGCAACAGUCCCAGCAACAAUCACGGCAGCAACAGGCACGUCGGCUCCCCGGCGCCAACAUCAACGCCAACGGCCAGCCAAUUGCCGGUGCCGCUGCACAAGGAUGAUCCCGAGUUUGUCAGCGAGGUCAACUCGCAUCUGAGCACGCUGCAGACCUGCCUUACCACGCUGAUGGGCCAGCCGAUUGCCAUGGAGCAGCUCAAGCUGGAUGUGGGCCAUAUGGUGGACAAGAUGACACAGAUCACGAUCAUGUUCCGGCGCAUCAAGCUCAAGAUGGAGGAGUACGUGUGCCUCAAGGUCUACAUAUUGCUGAACAAAGCAGAAGUGGAACUGGAGAGCAUACAGGAGCGUUACAUUCAGGUGCUGCGCUCCUAUUUGCAGAGCUCAUCGCCACAGAAUCCGCAGGCCCGGCUCAGCGAGCUGCUCUCCCACAUACCCGAGAUCCAAGCGGCGGCCAGUUUGUUGCUGGAAAGCAAAAUGUUUUAUGUGCCCUUUGUGCUCAACUCGGCGAGCAUAAGGUAGCAAAUGCUUGAGCAUGGCCUGCUGCCCGCCAGCAAUCAUCAGCCGGCGCCGCCGAAGCGCCAGCAGCAACACGACCAACAUCUAACAACAGCAACACGCCGCAGAUCCCGGCCACAACAACAGCAACAGCAGCAGCAACAGCAGCAGCAGCAACAGUUGCAGGCGCAGGUUGCUUUGCUGCUGGAUCUGCCCAAGAUCAAAAUCGAAAUUGGCGACGCCGAGCAACAGCAAUCGUCUCUAUUGCUGCCGUUGCCGCUGACAGCAGCAGCAACAACAACAGCCACAGCCACAGCCACAGCCAAGCCCAGCAAUGCCUCCUCGUCCAUACUGAAGUCGUCGCUGCUGAGUGGAGCUGCGGCCACAUUGGCCACGCUGACAGCAGCCGCCGAUCAAAUAGCGCGCACCUCAGCAGCAGUGGCCAUCGAGGCGGGCAGCAACAACAGCAACAGCAGCAGCAACAACAGCAGCAGCAGCUGCAAUGCUGCCACUGUCGCUGGCAAGCUGGCAACAAGCAGCAGCAGCAACAGCUUAGAAGAGAGCAAAAGACUUGAACAUCAACAUCAGCAACAACAACAACAGCAACAGCAACAUCUGCAACAACAACAACAGCAACAUCUGCAACAACAGCAACAACAGCAACAGCAACAGCAACAUCUGCAACAACAGCAACAAUAUACAUCAAUUCUUCAAACGGCUUUAAUGUCACAACGUCCAAUGGCAGCAGCUGCUAACAAACCAACAGCAACAGCAACAGCAGCAACAACAGCGAGUGCUGGCGCAACAACGAGAACAACAACGACAAUAACAAACGCAGCAACAACACCGCCGCCAGCGCAUGUGCUCAAAACGGCGUUGACAUUGGCCAGCCUAAGUGAAAUAGCCACUGCACAACAGCAGCAGCAACAGUUGCUCGCAUUGCAGCAGCAGCAGCAGCAACAACAACAGCAGCAGCAACAGCUAAAAGUGCCACGCAGGAUUAUCAAUUUGAGCAGCAACACUGCCACAGGCCCAGGCGCAAUAACAAUCACUGCCAAACCGAUGCUGCGACAACGCAACAGCAACUGUCACGGCAGCAACAGUUCGAGUCAAGUGGCAAACGCAACAGCAACAGCAGCAACAUCGCUGCCCAACGGCAGCUGUUGCCAUCAGCAGGCAACUGUUGCCAGCACAGCCACAAUACACACACAGACCGACGAGCUGUUGCUGUCCACUGGCACGCCCGCGUCGUUAACAAUGCGCCCAGCAGCUAUGCAACAAUGGACCGCCGUGUCGACGACGACGACGCAAACACAAACACAAACACAACCGCAACAACAAACAACACCACAUGCAACAUCAUCCACAGCACCACACAACAACAACAACAUCAACAUCAACAACAACAAUAAUAUUAAUAGUAAUAAUCAUAAUUAUAAUAAUAAUAAUUAUAAUGCCGCCGCUGCCACGCCCAUGCGCCCGCCUACGCGCACGCCCGUGACCUCAGCUUCUGUUACUGUAGUUGUGUUCAAAACAAUGUUACCUGAUGACUGAAUUAUUUUAGAAUAGUACACUUAAAGCAUGUUUUUUAUUAUCGAUUACCGAUUACCAAUUAACAAUUACCGAUUACCGAUUACCGAUUACCAAUUAUCGAUUAUUAUU